AAAAACAGCUGUGAACUGUGAACUGUGAAUAUUAGGUUAGAUUUCUUAUUGUGGUGAUUUGUCAAUAUUUACCAUAUAUUUACAGAUUAAUUAUUAUGUAUUAGUUUAUGUAGUUUUUUUAUUAAUUAAUACAUUAAAAUGGAUAUAACUACCUUAUUUAAAGCGUGCGUGAAGACUGUAAAGGCUACAAAUAAGGAUUUAGGUGUUACCAGCCCUAAGACAAACAUUUUAAAAAGCAGUAACAGAGACGUGCAUUUAACGAAAGCUAGGGAAAUUGUUAAACAAAUAACCAGUUUACAGACGUUUUUAUUAGAGAACAAAGCAGCAUAUUUAAAUGUAAUCAAUUAUUUAUCUACAAAUAAAACCAUGACUGAAAUGGAUAGAGAGCAAGUAGAUUUGAUGGCAGAAAAUAUUGUGAGUUCAUGUACCAAUCUUAUAAAUGACUACAAAAAGGAAAUUCGGGGUAUCCACAAAAGUGCACAGAAGGAAGAACAUUAUCAGUAUGUAAUCGAGUCAUUAGAGAGUUACUUAAAGGCUGUGUCAAAGAUUUAUACAGAAGCCAAGGCAGUUAGGGUAAAGAGGGUGAUUGAUAUACAUAAACUAUCGAAAUUAGAAACUAAACCUGUUAAUAAAGAAAGUUUAAACCUGUCCAGAUUAAAUAACACAAGUAAGGAUGGAUCUGGAGAUUUUACUUCGUCAUUAAAAAAUAAAACGCCACAAACACCAUCUCCUUUAAUUGAUUACGACAAUGGACUUAGUACAGAAGACAUGCAAAUGUUUGAAGAAGAAAACGAGCACUUAUUUAACGAAUUAAAUAAUAUUUCUGAUGAAGUUCAACAUAUGGAAGGCAAAGUUGUUCACAUAGCUGAAUUGCAACAGAUGUUUACAGAAAAAGUUUUACAGCAAGAAAAGGAUAUUGAACGAAUUGCAGAUACUGUUGUGGGGUCAACAGAAAAUAUUCGAGAUGCUAAUAAGCAAAUAAAACAGGCAAUACAGAGAAAUGCAGGUUUAAGAGUGUGGGUUCUGUUCUUUUUACUUGUUAUGUCGUUUAGUUUAUUGUUUUUAGACUGGUAUAAUGAUUAAAUAAUUUUUAUUUAC